CCUCACAACCGUCUAGGCAACUGGCAGGAUUACUCAUGGCUCGAUUGCUCUUGGAUGGAAGCCUGGUGACCCUGCAAUUGCACCCCCGAAGAUGUCGCGGGUGACGACAGAUAAAGAGGCAUUUUUUAAAGGCCUGGAGCAGUUGGAUUCUAUUACCGAUGACUCGGAAGGGGAGUUUGACCGUUUGAUUUCGGCCUCACUUCCUAGAGAUAGAAAAGCCGUCUUGCGUCAUUCUCGCUCAGUGACGGAUCCCUCCCCCAGCGUUUCUGCUGCCGGGAAUGCGACUAUAGGCCUCAGCAAAGAAUCCCCAAUUGAUAUAGAGGGGAACCGACCUAAGGCCAUGGCAGGAUCCUCAGAACGUCGUCCAGUAGGAAGUAAUGCCCCUGGGAAAAGGAAACGGGGUUCCUCUGGGCCGGUAAUCCCUGCGCGGCCGCAGAUCUUCAAGGGUCUCGUCUUCUGUAUGUAGCCUAAUUUUAUUCUAUAUUUGCAAUGCUGACUGCGCUAGUCUUCUUCCCGAAUAACGAUGUGUCGCCUCUUCGACGUCUGCGCAUCCAGAAAGCGCAAGAGUAUGGCGCUCUGUGGGAGAAAACAUGGGGUGAUAAUAUCACGCAUGUUAUAGUUGAUAAAGGCUUGAAGUUUUGCGAAGUCCUGAAGCAUCUAAAUUUGGAUUCGUUCCCG